AUGUACCGAGAAGCUUUCACACGUAAUUAUAAAUGCAUCAUUUCCCCAUUUACACGUGUAUCGUAUAUCCAUCCCUACGCAAAAUCAUUUGGUAGAAUUUCUGCAUUAACACCAAUACGACUUCGAGAAUAUGCAUCUGGCAAUACUAAAGAAGAGCUAACUGCUCGGGAACGCAUUGAUUUACUCUUAGAUCCAGGAUCAUUUCGUGAAUAUGAUACUUUUGUAGAACAUCAAUGUACAGAUUUUGGUAUGGAAAAAAACAAGAUCAUUGGUGAUGGUGUUGUUACUGGACAUGGCACGAUAAAUGGCCGAAGAAUCUUUGUAUUUUCUCAAGACUUUACUGCUUUUGGCGGUAGUUUAUCAAAAAUGCAUGCCCAAAAGAUUUGUAAAAUAAUGGAUAAAGCUGUUUUGGUUGGUGCACCAGUUGUUGGCUUGAAUGACUCUGGUGGUGCGCGUAUUCAAGAGGGCGGUGCCGUGUACUCUCCAGCUCUUACCGACUUUACCUUCAUGGUACGUGACACAUCAUACUUGUUUGUCACGGGCCCUGAUGUAGUCAAGGCAGUUACAAACGAAGAUGUGACACAAGAAGAGCUCGGUGGUGCAAAAGCACAUACUGUUAACGUUCGCGACUUUAUAGACUUCUUGCCGCUUUCAAAUCGUGAACAAGCUCCCACCCGUUACACCGAUGAUCCUAUAACCCGUGAAGAUCCAUCUCUUAACCACAUUAUUCCCUUUGAUUCCACAAAAGCGUAUGAUGUACGUGAUGUUAUCUUGCGCCUUGUGGAUGAUACCAAUUUCUUUGAAGUUAUGCCAGACUACGCUAAAAACAUUGUGAUAGGAUUCGCCCGGAUGGGUGGCCAAACUGUUUCUAUUGUUGGAAAUCAGCCAUCAGUAUCAUCGGGAGUUUUAGAUAUCAAUUGCUCUGUGAAAGCUGCUAGGUUUGUUCGAUUUUGUGAUGCUUUUAACAUUCCAAUCAUCACAUUAGUGGAUGUACCUGGUUUUCUUCCUGGAACCGCUCAAGAGCAUAAUGGUAUUAUUCGCCAUGGUGCUAAAUUACUUUAUGCAUACGCAGAGGCAACUGUUCCAAAAAUCACAAUUAUUUUGCGAAAAGCAUAUGGAGGGGCUUAUGAUGUUAUGUCUAGCAAACAUCUUCGUGGCGAUAUAAAUUAUGCAUGGCCAACGGGUGAAAUUGCCGUUAUGGGUGCAAAGGGGGCCGUCGAAAUUAUAUUUCGACAUGUUGAAGACCGAACGCAAGCAGAAAAGGAAUAUAUUGGUAGGUAUUUUAAGUAA